GCAUUUGGUACUUUGUUUUCACAGUCGACAGAGGAACAGCAUCCUUUUAUAGGUUUUUAGGAGAAGGGAGCCAUAAGGUCCUCAUCUUAUUAAAAAUAGAGAUUUAAAAAAAUCUGUUAGGCUUCUUUAAACUAUGGAAUCUCAGAAGUGACCCAGGUGGCGAAUCCUAGGUUUGGGGCGCAUUCACUUUCCAGGCGGCUUAUCUCUAGUCGAGUCGCUUUAAUUUCUAGGAGAAAUCGUCUUCCUCAGAACCCAAGUCCGCCUCCCGUGACUUCACUCUGCGGGCCUCACUCUUCCUCUCUCGAGUCUCCUCGGCCGCUUCCCACCUCCCUCUGGGGCCAGUCAGGACCACAGCAGCGCGCGGGGCUGAGCCAGACGGGCCUCUCCUCCCGCGCGGCGCGGCUCGGCCCCGCGCUCAGGGCAGACUCCGACGCCUCAGCCAGCGCGCGGCGGCCGGACGCCAUCUCUCUGGGCACGGCGGAGGGCGUCGUCCGGCGGGGAGAUGCUGGGCGCCCUGGUGAGUCCGCGUCACGGGGGACACAGCGUUCCGCACUCCCGGAGGCAGAGGGUGCAGAGCCGCCCGGCGCCUGCGACCCCGGGCGGCAGCCGCGCACAGGAGACGACGCCGGAGGUUUCCCACGCAACGUCGGCUGCCCGGGUCGCCAGCCCGGCCCCGCGCCCUCGGCCCGGCAGCCGACGCCGGGGUGGCGGCUGGCGGGGUCCGGCGGCGGGGUGGGGGCGGGCGGGCAGCCAGGGCGGGGGGCGUGAGUCUGAGAGGCGGCGGCGGGCUCCCCUCGCGAGACGGCGGCCGGCGCAGGCAGGCAUGGCGCGCCCGGAGGUCUGGAUGCUCGUGGCCGGCUUCCUGCUGGCGCUGCCGCCGGGCCGGGCGGCGGGCGCGCCGAGGAGUGGCAGGCGCCCGGCGCGGCCGCGGGGCUGCGCGGACCGGCCCGAGGAGCUCCUGGAGCAGCUGUACGGGCGGCUGGCGGCCGGGGUGCUCAGCGCCUUCCACCACACGCUGCAGCUGGGGCCGCGCGAGCAGGCGCGCAACGCGAGCUGCCCAGCAGGGGGCAGGCCCGCCGACCGCCGCUUCCGGACGCCCACCAACCUGCGCAGCGUGUCGCCCUGGGCCUACAGAAUCUCCUACGACCCGGCCAGGUACCCUAGGUACCUGCCCGAAGCCUACUGCCUGUGCCGCGGCUGCCUGACGGGGCUCUUCGGGGAGGAGGACUUCCACUUCCGCAGCACCCCGGUGUACAUGCCCACCGUCGUGCUGCGCCGCACCCCGGCCUGCGCCGGCGGCCGCGCCGUCUACACCGAGGACUACGUCACCAUCCCCGUGGGCUGCACCUGCGUCCCCGAGCAGGAGAAGGACGCGGACAGCCUCAACUCCAGCAUGGACAAGCAGGGCGCCAAGCUGCUGCUCAGCCCCAACGACCAGCCGGCCAGCUCCUGAGGGCCGCGACGGCCACCUCCGGGGGAGGGCUUGGCUGGCGACCCCUGAAGACCACAAACCAAACGCAAGCAGAGAGGCUUCCUCCUAGAGUAGCGGGCCGGCUGCACACCCUCGCUGGUGUUCGGGCAGGCGGAAGUGCACACAGCGCUGCGGCACAGGGCACUGGGGGCGGGCGGGGGGGGGGGGGGCUUCUCCAGGGCCGCCUCCCGCCCCAGGGCACGGGUGCUGCGUGGCUGUGUUUGGGCCAAGGCGCUCCCUCCAGCUGGGGGUAGAAACAGAUGAGCUUAAAAAAAAUAUUUUUUUGUUUUAAGAAGUAGAGACUACAUGCUUUUUUUAUUCAGCUGUUUUGAGUGGGGCACAAAGUAUUUUUGUAUUAGCAAUGUAGAGUAACUACAUUAAAAGAUUUUUACUGAACAUAGAAACAUUCUAUAAAGCUGGCCUUCAUUUCCUCCGGGAGGGUGUUUUAGGAGCAUAAUUGGAGUCCUUGGAUAAACUUUUCAGCUGGCGCUGGGCCUUGGUCUCCAUUUCAGCAGGUCCACCGUGGCGGACAGGAAAUGGACAGGCCACCAAUCAGCAGGAGGAGGCAUGGGGGGCUCCUGGGACCGCAAAGGGCCAGGAAUACCAGAAGGCUCAAACUCGGUUUUAUUUUUGAUAGACACAAGUGGUCUCAGACUUACAUAACUGGAGCUUUUGUGUUGUUUUCACUUUGGAAAGCUGCUGGGGUCAAUGUGCAAACAAGCAGUGGCGAGGUAAGGUAAGAGGUGGAACGGACCAUUUUUGCCAGUUCCCAGGGAAAGUCCAAGCAAGCACUGGCUGAGUUAAAGGACGGCAGGAUCAGGCCUGCGUGCGGAGGGAGGAAGCGGGAGUGGCCAGCGAGCAGCUCGGAGGCCUGUCCCUGCUCACGCAGCGGGGGCUGAGCCCUCUCUUCUUGAGGUUGAAAGCCUGUUCCUAACACCAUCGUCUGUAAAAGUUACCUGUUCAUUGUAAGUCAUUGAAGCCACGGAGGGAGCGGUUUCUUGCCUGUAUUUCUCUGUGGAGUCUACUUAGGUGGGUUUGGAUGAUUUUUCAGGUCAACAACAUGAGAGUACUUUAAAAAGUCUGUGGAAAAUGGAAUUAAAAAUAAGUUCAUUUUGGUGCAAAAAAAAUAA